GUUAAAUUUAAUCCGGAUAAAAUCGAUACAAUGGUAGUGCAAGCAGUAUCGCUUCUGGAUGAUCUUGACAGGGAAAUAAACAACUAUAUAAUGAGAUGUCGAGAGUGGUAUGGCUGGCAUUUUCCGGAAUUGAGCAGAAUAAUUCAGGAUCAUCAGUCAUAUGCAAAGGCUGUUAGACUUAUGGGAAUGCGCACAAAUGCUCAGAACUGCGAUUUUUCGGGAAUAUUAUCGAAGGAAUUGGAAGAUCGCGUCAAAUCAGAAGCAGAAAUAAGCAUGGGCACAGAUAUAUCCGAUUCAGAUAUGUACCACAUCAGUGGCUUAUGCACACAAAUAAUUGAUUUGGCCGAAUAUCGAACAGAAUUAGCCGAUUAUCUAAAAAAUCGAAUGAUGAUACUUGCACCAAAUCUUACAAUAUUGCUCGGCGAAUUGGUCGGAGCUAGGUUGAUUUCCCAUGCUGGCUCUCUGGUGAACCUUGCAAAAUAUCCUGCUUCUACGGUGCAGAUUCUUGGAGCUGAAAAAGCUCUCUUCCGAGCACUAAAAACUAAGCGAAGCACGCCGAAAUACGGUCUCAUUUAUCAUGCGAGCCUUAUCGGUCAAGCGCACUCCAAAAUUAAAGGAAAGGUAGCACGAAAGUUGGCCGCAAAAGUGUCACUGGCAACUCGAAUUGAUGCACUUGCUGAUGAUUCGCAGGGGACUGCGACUGAGUGUGGUGUAAGAAACCGCGCAUAUAUUGAAGAAUUUAUUAGAAAAUCACAGGAACAGGGACCAACAAGAAUAACAGGCAGGGCAACAAAGCACGAAAAAUAUACGUUUAGCAGCACUGUGAAAAGAUAUGAACCAGGCGUCGAUUCAACUCAAAGAAGUGCCAAAAAGCGGAAGUUCAGUGAAGUUGAUGACGAAGGCGGAGAGAUGAAAAAGAAGGUAGAAAUUAAAGAAGAAUUAGAUGACGGGCUAGACGAGCAGCCGGGGCCUUCAAAGCCAAAACACAAGAAAAGAGAGUUGGAGGGAGAGCAGAAUGAUCAAGGCUCAUCGAAGAAAAAGCAUAAGAAAAAACAUGACGAGGAACAAGACGAUCAGCAGCAGCAGCAACAGCAGCAGAAAUCUUCGAAAAAGAAGCAUAAAAAAAAGAAGGCGGAAGUUGAGGAAGAGUGA